AUGGACGGCUCCGACAAGCGGCCGCUAUUGGUAAUCGGCAAGCCCAAGAAACCGCGGGGCUUCGCCAAGGUGCUGUCAAUGCCUGUCUUGUACACACACAACACAAAGGCGUGGAUGACGGGGGAGAUAUUCCGGAAGUGGCUGACAGACUUUGAUAAGGAAAUGUUCGCGAAGAAGCGCAAAGUGCUGCUCUUGCUGGUCAAUUGCAGCGCACACCGUGUUAACACACAUCUGAAAGCUGUCGAGAUACUUUUUCUGCCUCCGGACACAACCGCCAAGAUGCAGCCAAUGGACCAGGGAGUGAUAGCAAACUUCAAAGUGCAUUGUCGCCGCCGUGUCAUCGAGCGUCGGCUCAUUGACAUCCGUACAGCCGACAACGCUGUCGACCUGAAGGUGCCGCUAGUAAAGGCGGUAUUUUUCGCAAGCGGAGCCUGGCGGGACGUGAAGUCUGAGACCAUUCUUCACUGCUUCGAGAAAGCAGGUUUUUCGCGGGGAAGCAGCGCUGCCAAAGAAAAAGCAGCAGAAGCAGACAUCGAUGCUGCUGCAGCGGAUGGUGCCGUGGCAGUGACGAGCUUGGGGCAGCUGUGUGAGGCCGCGGGCGAUGCAAGCCUUAUCCCAAGCGGGUUGGAUUAUCUGGACUUUGCCCUGGUGGAUCAAGACCUCGUCGCAACGGAGGAGCUCACCACCGAUGAACUCGCCGCUAGCGUCUCCAAAAAGGGAAUGGCUGCAAAUAGCAGUUCCUCGGAUGGCGAAGGGGACGACAUUGGUGCGUCUCAGCCUGGGACCGCCGGAGCACCUCUCGCAGCUGUAGACACGCUGCAUAUUGCCGUGAAGAAGAAGAUUGAGCGGCUGGAGAAGAGUGUGAGUGUGCACCACCUGGCCUCCAGCCACCACGUAUCACCGGUCCUGUUCACCAUGUGCCGUGACCGAGAUGCCAAGAAUGCGUUCGGCAACAGAUACCUGUAA